UAUUUUUCUGCUUUAUAGCGGCACUACAUACGCACAUGCAUCCACUCUGGAUCCACUCUCCCCUCUCUCUCUCCGUCUCUUGCAUGCAUUAUGACGAUGCGUCGUCAAAUCCAAGGCCUGACUCCUGAGGAAAUUCGAGCUCUGUCCAAAGAUGAGCUGCAGAUGCCUGUGACCACGGAGGACUUCACCCUCACCCUCAAGAUGUUCUCCAAGUCGGUCUCUGCUGCAGACCUGUCUCUCACAUUUUCUCUUUCAGAUGUACAUAAUUGUGGAAUUUACAGAAGACAAGUCGGUUAAUAUUGUACCGGCCAGUUGGUUUGAAGAUGGCGUCACUUGGUGGCCAGACUUUACGAGUGAUGAACGCAUCAACAGAGCUGUCAAGAAACAGGUGAAGCCAGGACCAGACUGGAAACUGUUUGAUGCUCGGGUAAUCUCAAGAUCAAGUGAUUACACUAGAGCAAGAGAAAAGCUGAGGGCUUCAUUGGUCUGUAAUACCUCAGAGUUACAAUCAGAUGAUGAGGAGGAAGUACUUGUUAGGAAGAGGAAGAUUAGGCCAAGGAUCAUUUUUGGCGAGACAGACUCUGACAGUGAGCCAGAGGAGGGUAAAAAGAGGAGGCGCACUAAUCUCUCCUCCACUCAAGCUCCACCCAUUUCUCCACCUAUUUCUCAACCUAUUCCAACACCAACACCUAACAUACCAUGGAAUGAAACUUUCCCAACACCCUCUAGACCUCUGCCGGACCCAAGGCGCACUGGAUCGCUGUGUUUCACAGCUGAUGCACCACUUGUGCCCAUCCCUCCACCCUCCAGUGCUGCAGGAUCUCUGCCAGAAUUCAACAACCAUUCUUUUACUCCAACUUUUAGAUUGGGGAAGACUGGCACUGGAUCAUUUCCUUGCUCUGCUGCUCAGCAGCACAUCCUUACUCUGCUGGAGCAUAUAAAGGAGCAGCAGAUGCAGCUUGCUGCUGCUGUAAAUAAUCUAGCAGCAAGGAUCGGGACGGAAACUCCUGUGGCUGAGAUCCCACACAAUAUCAGCAUCCCACUGGCCACCAUGUCUGAAGUUGAGGGGUUGGAGGAGUGGCUUAAGGAUGCAAGGCACUCACUCGCUAAGCAAAACAUGAUUUCUGCUCUUGGUGCUGUAGGAGGACAGAACACCAAAAGGGUCACUUGGAAUAUCCUGUCAAGGAUAUAUUCGGAUAAUGUGGCAAAACAAAUUAACUGGAAGGGCGUCAAUGGAAAAAAAGGAUUCAAAGAAAUGGUCACAAGAAGUCUCAUCAUCAGAGCUGUGAGGAAGAAUCAUUCCACAAUCGGUGCCACUGACAGCGAAAUCGAUUCCUGUGUUAUCAGAUGGUUUAACCUUGCAUCUGACCGCGGAGGUGGACGCAGAGAUCGCGCAAAAGCGAAAGAUGCGGCAUCAUCAGACCACCAUACAUCAGGCAUUGAUCAGCAGUAGUGGACCUCAUAAAAAAAUAAUCACAUCAGUGGCAGCCAAUGGCCUUGUACAGUGUUCAAGUUUGUUCAAGUCAGUGCUCAAUUCUGCUUAAGUCAGUGUUUCAGUCAGUGCCAAUUCUGCUCAAGACAGUGUUUCAAUCUGUUCAAGUCAAUGUUUCAGUCAGCGCUCAAGUCAGUGUUUCAUUCUGCUUAAGUCAGUGUUUCAGUCAGUGCCAAUUCUGCUCAGGUCAGUGUUGCAGUCAGUGCCAAUUCUGCUCAGGUCAGUGUUUCAGUCAGUGCCAAUUCUGCUCAGGUCAGUGUUUCAGUCAGUGCCAAUUCUGCUCAGGUCAGUGUUGCAGUCAGUGCCAAUUCUGCUCAGGUCAGUGUUUCAGUCAGAGCUCAAUUCUGCUCAGGUCAGUGUUUCAGUCAGUGCCAAUUCUGCUCAGGUCAGUGUUUCAGUCAGUGCCAAUUCUGCUCAGGUCAGUGUUUCAGUCAGAGCUCAAUUCUGCUCAAGUCAGUGUUUUAAUCUGUUUAAGUCAGUGUUUCAGUCAGUGCCAAUUUUGCUCAGGUCAGUGUUUCAGUCAGAGCUGAAUUCUGCUCAAGUCAGUGUUUUAGUCUGUUUAAGUCAGUGUUUCAGUCAGCUCAAGUCAGUGUUUCAGUCAGAGCUGAAUUCUGUUCAUGUCAGUGUUUCAGUCAGAGCUGAAUUCUGUUCAUGUUAGUGUUUCAG